AUGCUGAACAUUGGUGCUGCAGCAGUAUCUACUCCCACUCCUAGCUCACAGUCAUUGCGAGGCGUGCCAAGUGUAGUUGGAAUGAAAGAGUGGCUUGAAGCCUUAGGACACUCAACCAACGACAUCAACGCCUUAAACAUCAUCCAUGUCGCCGGCACCAAAGGAAAGGGUAGCACAUGCGCAUUUACGCGAUCAUUUCUUCACGCACAUGGUCUACGGACUGGGUUUCCUAAUCGCAUUGGCCUGUAUACCGGUCCAGAUCUACAAUCCAUCCGGGAGAGGAUACAAAUAGACAAUCAGCCCAUCACCGAGGAUCUUUUCACUCGAUACUUUUUCGAGGUGUGGGAGCGUCUUUCGCCUGAUUCUUGUGAUGCUACCGGCGAAAAUAAAAAAUCCAGACUGCCUCGCUACUUGCAACUACUAGCUUUAUUGGCGUUCCACACUUUCAUCAGAGAACGUGUACAGGCGGCUAUUUUUGAGACUCAUCAUGGCGGUGAAUACGACGCUACGAACGUCAUUCCGCACCCCGUCGUGACUGCUAUUACAUCCCUUGGUAUGGAUCACGUCGCGCAAUUAGGUCCUACGAUUGACGAUAUUGCGUGGCAUAAAUCGGGGAUCUUUAAGCCUGGGGUUCCAGCCUUUUCAGCGCCGCAGGAUCCAGGGCCGGUGGAGGUUAUGCGUCGUCGUGCCGAGGAGAAGAAUGUUCCGUUGAAGUUUGUGUCGAACUAUGAGAUGUUACCGAAGAAUAAGAAGGUGCUGGCUGUUCCUGUGCAACGGAUUAAUUGCUCCUUGGCUCUGGAGGUAGCGCGGUGUUUUCUACAGGCGAAGGCACCAGAAUGUGUGAUUGAUGAUGAUCUUAUCCGCGAGGGAGUUGAGAAUUUCAGUUGGCCAGGCAGAUUUGAGAUAAUCCAGGACGGUCAAAUACGGUGGUUCUUGGAUGGUGCGCAUAACCCGCUGAGUCUGAGACAGGCCGCACAGUGGUUUGCGGAUAAUACAAACCAUUCAGAGACGACAAAAUGUCGCGUCCUUAUUUUCAGUCAUUACUCUGAAGAACGUGACGGUAUGACGCUCGUCGAGGAGCUAGCUCGUAGCUUGCCCGAGAAUGAUGCACGGCCUUAUAAAGUCAUCUUCACCUCCUACAAUGAAAGGAAAGAUGGCGUGAGGCGGAUCGACAAGACUCUCAAAGUGCCGGAAACCCCUUUUCCAAAUUUGGGCACCCAUUAUGCUACGCGAUGGGAACAACUGGACCCAAAAGCCCAACUAUAUGUAGAACCAACGAUUGAAGAUGCGUUGAUGCUUGCUAGAGACAUCGCUGUCGAAAAGAAAGGACUCGACGUGCUGGUGACGGGAAGCUUGCAUCUUGUUGGUGGUGCGCUCAGCUUACUACGACCAUGA